GGGUUGUGAGGGGCUGUUGAAGGGGAAUAUUUCCUGGGUGUUAUGGCUGGUCUCUUUCACUUUCUUUGCUUCUUUUGGUUUUUGGAAACUAUAAGGGUUACAUGGUUGCUUGAACCAAGCCUUGACUCUUUAACUGGACAACAUGAAGAGGAGGUGACAGCUCACUUCCUGAGAGAUGUUCAUCCUGUGGGCCCUGAGGUGAGACUCUCUUGGACUGAAGUGUAUAUGCCUGUGAGACGUUGUCAUACGGUCUUGAAGAGGAAGAUGGGAGAAUUCUCCCUUCCGGCAUACCGGCACCAUUUUCCUGAAAAUAUCUGGUGCAAUUGGACCAUCUGGUCUGGUCCCAGAAACCACAUUCUUAUUUACAUCCGGGGAUUUGGAGGAAACACUGACUGCGAGAAAAAUACAGAUAAGAUUGUAUUUCAAGGGGUGGCCUCUGUUGUAGAAAAUGCCAUCGUCUACGCUUGUUGGAACAAGGAAGUGCAUGUUUUUGCUACUCAAGCAUUAGCUGUCCAUGUGGUCUUACUGUCCAAGAACUACUACCAGAAGCGUAGGCCCCAGCGCUUUAAAGCAAAGUAUUUCAUAUUCCCAGACCCUGGUGUUACAACUGCAGGAAAAGAAGGUGAAGCAUCUCAAGUCCCACUUCAAGGAAAACCUGGUCCAAGGACUGCUGAGCAGGAGAUCUCAUAUUCUGCUGGUAAUCGGUCCCAGGCUUCUUUGAGCCUGCACACCGGUCCAACUUCAAGAAGCCAUAUUCAGGCCUCCCCUCUUCUCAUUCCAGAGCUGGCAUCAACAUGGGGAAAAGCUAAAGAAAUCCAGGCCUGGGGUACUACCCAGAGUGUAUCUCUGACCAUGCCAGGUGCUUUCCACUCCAAAUCCCAGGUUGCUGACACAGCUACUUCUUCUCUGGCUUCCCAGCCACUGUGUCACUUAGGGGAAGGACAAUCUUCUGAAACGUUUGGCGAGACCACAACCAACCUGAAUGCUUGGGAGAAAAAUGCGCAAAGAGGAAGAAGCGUUCUGCCACUUUGUUCCGGUGCAUUGUCACAGACCACCUUGCUAAGUAAUCUUCAUUUUCUGAGGUCCAUAGAGUCCUCUGGGAUGGGAGAUUGGUCCAAAUUGCCUGAAAUUGGAAGACCAGAGAAUGUAGUUGGACACGGAUUGGCCCCUCCUAAAGGUGUGACACUGAACAUACGUCCUAGCCCUGUGAGCUUCUUUGCUUCAACUAACUAUCUGGGGGCAAGACUUCCUGAAAGAGCAGUAUCCUGGGAAGAAGAGAAGAUGCUAACCACCCUUUUCAAGUCGCAGGGAGGCACUCCCUGGGAGGAGGUGGAGGAUAUACAGACCCAGGAAUCAAUGAGUGAUUUCCCCAGAGAAUCAGCAGGGAGCUCUCUGCCCAUCAUCUCCUUGAUCAGUGUAGUUCCAGAGGCUCUCCAGAGUGAACUCUACAGUAUUCCUGGGACAAGAGUCCUGGCCACCACAGGCCUUCCACUUCAGAUGGCUAAUUAUGUGACCUCUCCAGAUGACCUGCUUCUGGGGCCUUCUGCAGCUCUUGAAACUGUUAAAAGUCCUGCUGUUGACAUGUUUAUUUGGAGAGAAUCUACCCAAGCUACUGAAACGGAUCCUACUUUGGGCACCACACCUUUAUUGGAGACAUCUCAACGACACACAGGUUGCCAUAGAAUCUCAAUAAGCCCCACUGUGGGAACAUCUGCAGCCAGCCUUGAGCCAUCUUUUCCUUCUUUCAGCUCUAGGGAUAGCCUGGAUUAUGAUAUGCCCUCUGAAUGGCUCCACCCAAGUCACAGAGGAGGGGAAACUGAAGCAGACGUGAUGUCUGUCCUACCAAGUAUGGCAAGACCCUUCCACCUUCCUACCCAACCAGAGAGUAUGGCAGAAAUCAAGCCUAUCCCCACCCAUUACCUUGGGGAGGGUACAAACCUAGACACUGAGUGGCUUCCCCAAAGCACGGCUGUUCCCUCCCAGUCAGUCAGCCUCAAGGAGCGGGUAAAAACUGAGGGACCUCUGGUCACUCCCACUGCUUACCCUGAAUUUAAUGUGUCCCUUGUGCCUCCAUCCCCAGCUUCCCAAACGGGAUGGGAGUGGUCAUUUCAGUUUCCAGAUAGUCCUGUAGAGACCAGAAGAGGGACUGAGUCUGAACUAACUUUCCCAGUUCCAAGAGGGCCCUCGACUGCUUCAGAACUUCCCAUCAGUCUCCAUCCAGGCCUUCUUAAAACAGAUCUGGAGCACGUAUCCCAGAAUUUAAUGGCGGCUCCCAUGGAAAGCCUGCCUGAAGCCAAGCUAAUAUCCUGCCUCCCAACGAGUUGCCCUAUAACUACAGUAGGAAAGAAAGUUCUCAGUGUAAGUGAAGUGAGGCCUCUGCUCCCAGCUGCUCAAAACAUCCUGGAUGAGACUUUUUUUCUGACACCCAUUCCCAAGGAAGCAGAAAGUACCCCGGAUGAACCUGGAGCUGGCUUAAGGAACCUCUUCUUUGGUCCAUCAGGAAUGGGGAGCCUUGAUGAGGGAUUACAGAGUGCUUCUCAGCUGGCUCCAGGACUCAGCCUUUCAGGAACCACGGAUACCUCUCCACUGAGCAAACCCUGCUCAGGAUCAGAGCCCUGCUCCAAUUUGGCUCCUCUGUCUGCCCACAUUGGAGAGAGCCACCACAAACCUAGAGGUGCAUCGUUGAGAAACCAUCUGGGGACCAACAGGCUACAGGCUGAGAUCCAGAGUGGUGAGGGGACCCAAGUGCGGACUCUGAGGUUCCCUAGCUCUAUGGUGCAGGAAGCAUGUGGGUGGAGAGACUGCCUGCUGAACUUUUCCACUCACACUCCGGGACACAAAGGGGAUCAGGCUGUGUGCUUUGCUGCAGUGCCGUUGCCAGUUCUCUCUGAAAAUACGAUCCCUUUGGAAACAGAAACUCUUCCCAGCCACUUAGAGGUGCAGCAAGCUGGGUUCUUUAAAGUUCUCCCUGUGAGAAGUUGCCACGUGGUUUUCCCGGACGCAUUUGGAGAAUUUUCCCUGACUGGGAGUCUCAACCACCUUCAAGCCAAUAUCUGGUGCAACUGGACCAUCUGGGCAGGUCCUGGGAAGCACAUCAUAGUAUAUGUCAAAGGGUUUGGGGUGCCUGAGAGCUGUGGGGAGAAUCAGGACAUUCUGGUGUUUCAGGGUGUCUUUUCGAGUGUGGAGAGGAAAGCUGUCUGUGCCUGUGAGACUCAGGGCACUCUGACAUUCGCUUCCCAGGCUUGGGCUGUCCACAUCCUACUCUUCUCCAUGGGCUCCUCCUUCGGCCAUGCCAGCCGGUACUUCCGUGCACGGUAUUAUGUGUUCACAGAUCCGGGGGCAGAAGAAGCUCCUAGACGUGCCUCUGUCUCUCAUGCCGACCUUGAUUAUGCGAGGACUCGUGCUAAACUAGCUGGGUGGCAGCAGCCUGCGAACACCCUGAUGUGGAGAAAUGAUGGGCUGAGCCACAGAAACCAACUGGUAAAAGAGUUGCCCAAGCUGAAUGACAAGGAGGAAUUGUGGGUGCCCGGGAGCGAUGGCAUCCUGGAUGAUGAAGGUGCUCUACGCCGCCUCCGUCCUCUGCGGCCUCAGGGGCUGGCCUUAAAGGAGCAAAGCCCAAUGGCCCAAAGCUUGUUGAAGCCAACAGAAAGUGAAAAGCAUUCUGGAGGUGAAGACUCUAUGACCCUAAUGAGCAUCCCAGCCUCAAAUCGUUCUCCAGCAUUUCCCGCUGGGAGAGAAGCUGUCGAUCCUGGCGUGACUCUACCCUUCCCAGGACAUCCUUCCAAGACCCUUUCUCUAACCGAUCUGCUCUCCCUUCAGAUCCCAAAGCCUGAAGGUAUUCCCAGAGCGGGCACCCAGGUGAGACUAACACAACAAAUGGGUGGGCCUGAAUCUGCUUUGAGGACUGUAGAGGCAGGAGAGCGAGGGUUGACUAGGAGACUUGCUCUAACUAGGACUUCUGUCCUUUAUUCAUCCUCAUCCACUGUGGCACCAGGGGACCUCUCAGAAGGGCUAAGAGUUCAUUCCUCCCAAGUUUCCAGCAGCGGAGUGCUCUCAAAAGGGGAAAAGAUCCCACCAACAAGCUCUGGGGCAGCUGAGUGGGUGACUGGCCCCCUUACUGAUGUUGAAGAGAAACAGCUGCCCCUGACCUUGACGACUGGACAAGAUUCAGGCAAUGGCAAAGCCCCUGACGAUGGAAGCCAUACUGCCCAACCUAGUCCCAGAGGAGAAAGAGAAGAUGGAUCAGGUGUUCAGCCAUCUGGCACACUGGGAAGCAUCCAGUGUCUUCAUGUGGAGCUCUUGGAUCUGGAAACCACUAGGACCGAUCUGAUCACAAAUGAUCUCCCUUCAGGAAUGUCUGUUAGUACCCUCCAGGCUGUUUCUACAACACCCCAACCUGAAGCCGGCCUGGGCCCCAAAUCUAAGAUCUCUCCCUCCCCUGGUGUGGGGGUGAAGAAUGUGGCUCCUAAUCAUUUUCCAGGACAUACAGCUGCAGUAACUCUCUUCCCAGAUCUUGGGAAUGCCUCCGUCUUAGAGUCGCCACACAAUCCUGGAGAUGUCUUGUUUGAAGUUGUUGUUGAACUGGAACACCAAGCACAGUUGCCAGUGGGUGAGUCUGGAGUGGAGAAAUCUCUGGUGGAAUCUAUAAAGCAGGAGAUCUCCGAGAACCUGAAGUUUCUGUCUCACAAAGUUGAUGAGAUGAAACUAAUGGAGAUUAAAAGAAGAGAUGCUGCCAAUGUCUCCCUCACAUUCUGGCUGCACCUAAGAGCUGGGGAGAGGAACAGGUCCGACUCUCUGCUUUCCCAAUUACAUGUGCUGGCUGGCCAUGGUCUACAUGCUCAACUGAAGGUGCUCAUUGGCCACUCAGUAGGGACUCGACUAAAGCUGAGGUCCCUCACCGUUGAAGAUGUGAACGAAUGCAAGAUUGGUUUAGAGAUAUGUGGCAAUGAGGCUGAAUGCUUGAAUGGAGUUGGCACUUACUUAUGUCGCUGCAAAGAAGAGUUUGAAGACUAUUCUCCUCUGCAGACUGGCACCUUAUGCGUCUAUGCCCCACAAUCAGGGGUCAGAUUUCUCUUCAGCUACUUGGAUGUUGUAGUAGGUGCUGUUGUGUUCACUGCCAUCCUGUUGAUGCUGAUCAUAGGGAUUCUAUGGCUGUUAACUAAAGCCAGAGCUAAGGGCGGUGUCUUGAGUCUCCAGGAAGAGGUGGCCACAUCUGAGAACGCACCUCCAACACCACUGGCCCAGGCAGAACCUUCUAUUGACCUGAGACUGCUCAGUGGACAUCCAGCUUUCAGCCCCUACCAGCCCAAGCUCCGAGCUAAAGUUUCAGACUGGUCGUUGGCACAGAGAGCCUAUCCAAGUGAAGGCUUUCAUGUGUCUGUGGAAAGAUCCCAGUGCCUGUAACAGGGGAUGGAGGUAUCUCUAUUGGCAGUAAGAUGCCACCCCUGUUACAGAUGAGAUGCAGCAUUCUCUGGCAUGGACGGUUAGUCCUGCUCUCCUUCAUUGCUGAACUGGGGCGGGAAUAACCCUGGUUCUAGCCAUGCUCCUGCUUUCCCUCUGAGGGGCUGCCCUGGUUCUUUGCUCAAGAUUCUGGCUGGAGCAAGGGAAGUGGUGUAGACAAGGAUCUUGUGUUAUAAUAACCAUGUGUGCAAUCCAAUUGACCAAGAAGCUGGCCCUGUGCCACACAAAUAUGGGUCCUGGGUGGAAUCGGGGAAAAGGGAUGUAGCUGCUUCUGUAUACGGCAACCUUGUUUUUAAACAUGGAGGGAGGCUGGUGGAAUUACUUCUCAUUUCUCACACGUGAGUAAACUCUAUCACCAAGCAAUGGCUACUCAAUCUCUCCCAUACCAAGUUGAAAUUUCUGUUGUGCAUCUCUCUCUUUCUUCUUUCUCUUUCCCCUCCCCUUCCUGGGUAGGAGAAAAGCUAAUGCUUCUAAUUCCCUUGGGUGGGGGUUGCUGUAAGUUUCAGUUAAGAUUGCUUCACUUUUCCUCACCUAGGCAGGUUGGGGAUGGAUCGGUGGAUCACUUAAGUUAUUCUCAGGGGCAAAUGUGCCUGACUGUCCCUCUCCCUCACUCCUGGGAUGCAGGUGUUUUUUAAGCAGUUGUAUCUGACAGGGCAAAACUCAGUUUCUAGAAGUGGUUCCCCUGUGGGGCAAGUUCCCUUUAUUAUUGACUCCAAAUAAAAUAAAGCAGAUUUCUCUCGUAAAACUGACCCAUCUUUGUUCU